UCCCUCUCUCUCUCCACUUUGUUCUAUUGUUGUUAGCUUCCGUUAAGUAAAGCGGCUUCUUCAAACACACAAACGAGAGAGGGGGGAAAAUUGUUUUUUUUUUCAAACAACAAAAAAAUCCAAGGAGAGAAAGAGAGAGAGAGAGAGAGAAAGAACAGCGAGUAUACCGAGGAAUGCCUUUCUCGCUUCUUACCCAAAGAAAAGGGGAGACAGUUUGCUAAAGCGGGACUCUGUGAAUGGAAAAUGAAAUAGAAGAUAACCAGUUCAGGAUGUCGAUUCUGGAAAGACUUGAGCAAAUGGAACGCAGGAUGGCUGAGAUGAGCAGCCCUCACCAGCAGGGGGCAGGAGGUCCGGCCGGGGGAGGAGGAGGGGGCGCUGGGGGCAACACCAGCCAGGCACAGUGCGUAUCGGGUCCUGGCCAGGCUGGCACCUCCUUCGAGAGCCGAGUGGUGGUGGUGUGUGAGAAGAUGAUGGGCCGGACUUGCUGGGCCAAAUCCAAACACCUGAUCCACUCCAAGACCUUCCGCGGCAUGACUCUGCUGCACCUGGCGGCCGCGCAGGGCUACGGCACGCUCAUCCAGACACUCAUCAAGUGGCGCACAAAGCACGCCGACAGCAUCGAUCUGGAGCUGGAGGUCGACCCCUUGAAUGUGGACCACUUCUCCUGCACUCCCCUGAUGUGGGCGUGCGCUCUGGGUCACAUGGAGGCAGCGGUGGUUCUGUAUAAGUGGGACCGACGGGCCCUGUCGAUCCCGGACUCGCUGGGCCGGCUGCCCCUGUCCAUCGCUCGCUCGCGCGGGCACACCAAGCUGGCUGAGUGCCUGGAGCAGCUGCAGAGAGACGAGCAACAGACCCCACACCUGCCCCCGGCCCCCAGGAUGCACUUCUCCCCCGGCUCGGAGGCUGCGGAUGAGAGCUGGAUGUCGUCGUGGAGCAGCGCUGGUGCUGGAGCCGUCACGGCCUCUGAGACCCAGAAAGGGAGCAUGAGCAAUCCCAACCCAGAUUUAAGAAGACCCAGGUCCGAGCCUUCCAGCUACUACAGCACCGAAUGCCAGCGUGACCUCCCCCUAGCCAAGAAACACAAACCCAACCCUGAGCUGCUCCAGACCCGGCCCGACAAGGCCAUGUCCGUGCCUCUGAGCCUGGAGCAGCACCAGCUCCGCAGACACAGUGACGGCAACAACUCGACCAACUCCGGCAGCGGCAGCAGCAGCAUGACCUGGAGCUCCAAGGACUUCUACAGCCACGGAGGAGCGGGGAGGAAGGGAGGGGGAGGAGGAGGAGGAGGAGGAGGGGCGGGGGGAGGGAGCGGUCUGGGGAGUGAGAAGCUGGCGGGCCGCCUGCGUCAGCGAGAGCCGAUCAACGUGCUGAUGAUGUCGGAGAGGGAGAUGGUGGACUCGGAGCUGCUGUCCUAUCGAGAGAACCUGGAGAACGAGGACUGUCUGACGCACAUGGACGACCUGCAGGUCAACAUGAUGACGCUGGCCGAGCAGAUCAUCGAGGCCACUCCGGAGCGGAUCAAGCGGGAGAAUUUUGUUGCCGUGGAGACCACACCGCUGGCCGAGAGAGUGGACAGCGCAGGGGUCAGCAACACCAUGAGCUGGCUGGCCAGUUACCUGGCCGACGUGGAACAGCUGCCCAGCGUCAUUCACUUACGAUCCCUGUACAGCGAGCCUCUGACCCCUUCCUCGAACCCCAGCCUGAGCCCAGCCAGCUCCCCGGUCAGCGAGGGGGGCUUCGACAAGCCCACCCUGCCCUCGGCAGCAGACUGGACUGAGUUCCUCAACGCCUCCAACAACAAGGUGGAGAGGGAGCUGGCUCAGCUCACCCUGUCCGACCCCGAGCAGAGGGAGCUGUACGAGGCAGCGCGGCUGGUGCAGACAGCCUUCCGCAAGUACAAGGGACGUCCGUUAAGAGAGCAACAGGAAGUAGCGGCUGCUGUCAUUCAACGUUGCUACAGGAAGUACAAAGAGCUUACAUGGAUAGCCUUGAAGUAUGCACUUUAUAAAAAGAUGACGCAGGCCGCCAUCCUUAUCCAGAGUAAAUUCCGCAGUUACCACGAGCAGAAGAAGUUCCAGCAGAGCCGGCGCGCGGCCGUGCUCAUCCAGCAAUACUACCGCAGCUACAAGGAGUUCGGGAGACUGCAGCCCUGCCACCGCACCGCUGCUGCUGCUGCCCUCAGAAGCAGUCUGCUCACCAAGAAGCAGGACCAGGCUGCGCGCAAGAUCAUGAGGUUCCUGCGCCGCUGUCGCCACAGCCCCCUGAUGGACCAUAGACUGUACAAAAGGAGUGAAAGAAUUGAAAAAGGCCAAGGAACUUGAAGACCUGCAGCCCCACCCUCUAGCGAUGUGACAUCACUUUUCAGACUUUUUGUUUUUUUUCUGUUUAUACCAGAGACAUUUUACAAAAAAAAAAACUAAAAAAAACUUAAA